UCGAUGUUACACAUAUUUUACCUGAUCUGGCUAUAUGUGUAUUAUAAUAAUAGGAUUCAUAACAACAAAGUUGUGAAAUAUAGAAAAUAAUUACACAAACCUAAGCAGAUAAUAUGCGAUAUUUGUGUUAAUGCUCUGGGAACAGGAUUCUUUACAACAAAGUUGUGACUUAUAAAGAAACAAAAUGGCACAAUCUGCAGUGAAGAUUUGCGAUAUUUGUGUUAGUGCUCCAGGAUCAUGUUAUUGUUUAUCAUGUGAACAAAGAUUUUGUGAACAUUGCAAAGCAUUACAUAAAAGACAGAAGAUUUCUAUGGAUCACCAGUUUGAAGGUAGUUGUGAAGAAUUACGGGACGAGACAUCUCGGUGUUCGGAUCAUGACGAGAACUUCAUAUAUAUCUGUACUAGCUGUGAUACGCCCGUUUGUCGACAUUGUGUGACUGACAAGCAUAAUGGUCAUAGAAUGUCUGAGUUACAGGAUUCAAUUUAUUUUUUAAAAGAAAAAUUAGCAGCAAUUGAUUUAACAAUAGGUGAAGCCAGUCAACAUGUAGUAGAUAUAGAGAAAGGAUUAAAGGUCUACGACCGUAGUAUUGAGUCUGUUAAAAGAGCUAUACGAAACGAAGGUGACAAGGUGAAAUCUUUGGUUGAUAAAUAUAUUGAUCAACAAAUUGACACUCUUAAACAAAGCACUAAAUCAGAAAAGAAAAAACUUAAGAAAAACCAAACAGACAAUAAAAUUUUCAUUGAAAAGGCAAAUGCAUGGAAUAACAGGAAAAUAAAAAUACUCAAACAACAGAAAGACACGAUGACAGAUGAUCUGAAAUCAUUAAUAGAGGAGGUAGAUGGCAUCCAAGCGGUACCAAUACCAGCUUUUCCUUCUAUACAUUACACUAUCACACCAGUAUCUAAAGAAGAUGUUGCCUCUCUAAUUGGUACAUACAAGAUAAGUCAGACGAAGUGUGGAAUUGAACAGUACAAGCACCAAAGUCAAAAGUCAGUUCAACAGACGACUUUCCGUGAAGAAGGAAUGUUUCUCAGGUGCAAGUUAUGCGGAGGAGAGCGAAUAGUUUCUUUCGAGUAA